AAUUGACAUAGCGGGUAAGCAUUUCGCUUGUCAACUCGAAUGCCAAACCUAAUCCCAAAUUUUUGUACAUUGAACAAGAUGGUAAAACCGCACAUCAUCUAGACGAAAUUCCAUGUAACACACAAACUUGGGGUAGAGUCAUCUGAAUGGGUGGUGGAAGCAAAUUGAAAGUUAAGAAAAAGUGAGUUCUUUGAUUCACAUGGCUGCUCGACUUAGUCCGCGAAAUUCGGAAGUAAACGCACUGGAACAGCGGGGUUAUUUGAUCGGGAAGAAGAUCGGACAGGGAUCGUAUGCAACGGUCCAUCUUGCCGACUAUGUGGACAGUACGGGUCCCAAAAAAAUGCGUCUCGCUUGUAAAAUUUUCGACAAAGAGAAGGCCCCGAAGGAUUUUUUAGAGAAGUUUUUCCCCAGGGAAUUGGAUAUUCUCACCAAAAUUGAAAAUCCCCAUAUUAUUCAAGUGCACAGUAUACUACAAAGGGGACCAAGGGUUUUCAUUUUUAUGAGAUACGCCGAUAAUGGAGAUUUACUAGAUUUUAUUAAGAGAAAUGGCGUGGUUCCAGAACAGCAGGCCAAGAUCUGGUUCCGUCAAAUGGCCAGCGGACUGCACUACUUGCAUGGGAAAAAUAUUGCGCACCGAGACUUGAAAUGCGAAAAUAUUCUGCUGAGUCGCAAAUUCAAUGUGAAACUUGCCGACUUUGGAUUUGCCCGAUUUUGCGUCGAUUCGGACAACCGGAGAAUUCUGAGUCAAACCUAUUGCGGAUCGGCAGCAUAUGCCGCCCCAGAAGUUGUCAACGGAACCCCAUACAACCCUAAGUUAUCGGACGUGUGGUCUUUGGGUAUUAUUCUGUUUAUCAUGUUGAAUGCGUCGAUGCCAUUCGACGAUUCCAACUUGAGGAAACUACUGAAGGAUCAAAUGACCAAAAACUGGGUGUUCCGAUCCAGGGUGCGCGAAACGCUCUCGUCCAGUUCCAAGUCGUUGGUGAGACAUCUGCUGGAACCCGACUUAACAUUGCGUUUAACAUUAGAUCGGGUCAUUCAACAUGAAUGGCUGAGGAUACGGAAAGACCGCCCGUCAUCUUUGAUCGGCAGAUUGGUGCAUUCUGCUCCUCAUGGACAAGUGGCUGGACAGUCUGGAAUUGUUUCCGGAGAAUACCGUAUGGAGAGCGAACAAGUGCCGGGGGACUUCAAGAAUCCGGAUAUAAAAAAGAGUGAAAUGAUGAUCAAUGUCAAUGAGAAUACGCCAUGAUCAAAUUUGGGAAUACGAGCUAGACUAAGGAUCCGAAGGGAUUUAAUAAAAAUUCAAAUGUGUUUUAUAAGGCAGAGUAAAUAAAUCUAACUAUUUUUAUCGCA